AUGUCAGCUGAUCACAACUACCGACUGAUGGCCGUUGUGGUGCAUUAUGGGGAUAUUUUCUCUGGACACUUUGUGACGUAUCGCCGCAGCCCGUGUUUGCAGCCAGGCGAGAAGUUCAGUAAUCACACAACAGAAGUAAGAUGACGCUGGUUUUCACUAGGGCGGCGGUCGUAACGAGUCUUCUCACGUCACAGACAGUUUUGGGAUUUGCAAUGAUAGAUCUGCUCAGAGCAGCUCGACAGUCGGACAAGUCACCUGCUGAUGCUCUUGCGGGUGUGAUUCUGACGGAACUGGACGCUAACAAGGACAAUAAGAUCACCUUUGCUGAACUGGGAUCUUACGUUGACAACGUGUUGGUAACACUUGGAUCGGACCAGGGCAGUAAUGACGAGGUCAAAGGUUAUGUACUUACUGUAGGAAGCUUAAUGGAUGUGGAUGAUAAUGGAGAGAUUGACACAAGCGAAUUACAGCAAACCACGUCGUCUUUAGUGAGUCUGGCAGGAGGGAAACAACUGGGAAGAGCCUUGUUUUUGUUAACUGAACUCAAGGAAAGAAAUACUGCGGACAGGCUUGUUGAGGCCGAAGACAUUGCAGUUGAUUUUCUAAAUAUUCUAGACAGCGAUAGUGAUGGCUUGGCUGGCUCUGAUGAGAUAGAUGCUUUCUUAAGUAAUGGUAUGUUCGGUUGGAACAGAGAUACUGCCGAAGAAGUCAUCCAAGAGGUGGAUGAGGACAAUAAUGGAAACCUCAGCCCAGAAGAACUCGACGGCUUUCUCAUCACCCUGGCGACGGAUUACACUUAUUUGUUCUCUAGGCUGUACGUGUAUGUCCGAGUGUACCAGUUGACAGGGAUCGACAGGGCGAACGAAUUUGCAGAGAUAUUGAGUGGCCGGAUGUAAACGGCGGUCGAAAGCAUGGACAGUUCGCUGGAUGCACAGAUGCUAGGGAACAGCUUCACAUGGGCCAAUAGUGUAUUAAGAGACACAAAAUGAUAUGUUAAUCAUAGCAGAACGAAAUAUUUAUGAAGACGUGAAGUUACAGCUAAUUUUGAGCAACAUAUGUUGUUACAACCUUUACAAUUGUUUUAACACUUUCUCACAUCAUUUAUUCUCAGCACAGCAAAAUUAUAAAACUGGAGCAUUGAAGAAAAGGUAAUAAAGACUGAAUAUUACAUUAUUUGGUAAGCUUUUGUGUUUAUUGUAUUUCCAUAACACAUACAAAUAUAUGUCACGAGUAUAAAACACACUUAAACAUUUCUUUAUAGUACAU